AUGGUGCUUCCACUACCCAAACUCAUCCAAUCAAAUGAAGGGAGAGUGUUAUACCAUGUUACAAACCACCCAAUAAGGACAAUUAAAAAGAAAAUCGAAGGUUUCUUCAAAUACGAAUCAUUGGAUAAUUUAAACAGUGAAAUCAGUGUAAGGCAAAACUUCGAUGAGCUCUUCGUGCCCCUCACACACCCCGCUAGGAACAUAAAAGAUACUUUUUACUUAAGUGAAAAUUACGUAAAACAUUUUUCCACUCUCCAUAAUAAUUUGUACACUCAACUUGAGAAUACCAAUGGCAUUUAUAAGUACUACUUGGUUACGAAAUUCGUGCACCAUCACAAUAUCCUGCUGAAGAGGACCCAUAUGACUGCUCAUUUACCUGACCUGUUAAGGCGAAAUUACAAAAAUGUUAUCUACACGGGAAGUGUCUACAGAAGGGAUGAAAUUGAUAGAUUCCACUUUCCCAUUUUUCAUCAGACCGAUGGUUUCUUGAUCCGCCCCGACAACUUUGACGUCGAAACGGAUUUGAAGAAGAACCUUGAACAGUUGAUUCGCUACCUUUUUGAUGCAUCCGACGUACAAAUGAAAUGGGAAGAUAACACAUCCUUUCCAUUUACCGACCCAUCGUACGAGCUGUACAUCAGGGGGGAAUCGUCAAAGGAAAUACGCACGACUGGAGAUGAUAUCGGUGGGGAAUCCCGCUGGGUGGAAGUCCUUGGGUGCGGGAAAAUAAAAAAGGAAGUCAUUGCCAUGGCCAUGCACGCGGAAGAUAUACGCCAAAUAAUAGAGGACGAGAUUGCCCGCCAUGACAGGGGCCUCCUGGACGAGCUCCAAUCGAUUGAAACCGCUGUGAAUGAAGCCGCUGUAAAUGAAGCCGCUGUGAAUGAAGGCGCUACGAAUGAAGGCGCUGUAAAUGAAGGCGCUACGAAUGAGGCAGUCGCCAGGAAGUCCAACGUGGAGUGGAUCUACCCCAACGUGCCUACCCCCAAGGAUAUCCUGGACAAGCUCUGCACCACGACACUGAACAACCGAAUUGAAGCUCAAAUGAACAAAUUCUUAAAAACGAUUAGGUACCAAGGAUGGGCCUUCGGAAUCGGACUUGAACGACUAGCCAUGCUACUCUACCACAUCCAGGACAUACGUUUGUUUUGGAGUAACGACAACAGAUUCAUAGAUCAGUUUGAGGAAGGCGUAAUAACCACAUUCCACCCCUUCAGUAAUUUCCCUCCUGUGGAAAAAGACAUUUCCUUUUACAUUACCAGUCAAUUUAAGGAGGAUUUAUUCUUUCAAAUUUGCAGAGAUGUAGCUAGCGAAAAUAUCGAACAAGUAAAAAAAAUAGAUUCCUAUCACAACCCCAAGAACAAUCAAACAAGUGUCUGUUAUAGAAUAACUUACCGCUCCCACACGCAGAACCUUACCCAUAAGACUGUAAAUGAGAUGCAAAGUAAGAUUGUCCAAAUGUUGGUGAAGCAGUGCGCAGUUACCAUACGGUAA